GAUCUAACUUGCAUAAAUAAUUCUUUUCAGAUCCUGCCCUGGGAAAAGUCGUGAAAACCGUGGAGCGCCAAAGGACCACAAGCUCCCGGAAAACGGUGGAUGAAAGACUGGCCGACAACAGUGCGAGGAACGAGCUCGUGUGCGAAUUGGUGGAGAAAAUGCGCGAGGGAAAUUUCGAGUGUCCUCUCCUCGUCCCGAGACCGUACACCUUCGAACCAACUUAUGUCCCCGGAUCUAACGAGUCCAUUCUUGCGGAAAAACUUAAAGCCGAUCGAAAAGCGCGUUACAAACUGACGAAUGCGUACAAAAGGGGCAUGUUGGCGGCGGAAGAUCCGUUCACGCUUUUCAUCUGGGACUCGCGGCUAAUUCAUGGGAUUUUUAUGACCAUCAUUGUCAUGUUCGUGACGCCGGUGAGCUUCUUCAUGACGCGGUAUUUCAAAGAGACCUUUAUGAACAAUCGGAUCUUCCUCCAUCACGUCUGGUACUUUGUCCACCUUUCCCUCUCUUUCAUCACCGUACUUCUCUUCAUGGUGGGAUUGAUCCGACAAGUUGGAAGCAAGGCGAUGCUCGGCGUCAGUUUGAGCCGCGCCGCCACCGCGCAUCGCGUCAUGGGUUGGAUUUCUGUCGUAAUUUCGGUCCUGCUCUUUUUCCUGGGGGGAUUUCGACCAAUGAAGAGACAAUUUCGGGCAGUCACAAUUAUUCUGCAUGGCGUCAUGGGGUUCUUGUUUUACUGGAUGGGUCGUAAGUAA